AUGAUUGAAAGGGAUAUUUGCUCGGGUCUGGCAGGGCCGUUCACGGUCUUGGUCAGAUCGGUUGUCCACCACUUCCGGGGCUUCCCUCCUACUCUAGGGUGCGGGAACAACGUACCUGAAUCUCCGGUAGGCCUCUUCCACUACCCCAAUGGCCACGCGGACCUGGGCCUGGACCCUCUGGAGCAUGGGAUCUUUUGUCUGUUCGGCGAGGAAGGCAUUGAUCUUGUCGUUGAGCUGGCGCGAGACCUCGGAAAGCGGAUGCGCGGGGGCGUGGUGCGAUUUCGAAGGGACGGUGCCGUUGGUGGCCGGCUUGGGUUCGGAGGGCGCGGGGACAGGGUCGCUGCCGCUGCCGCUGCCAAUAUCUUGUACCAUGGCGGCGUCGUCUGCUCGUCGGUGUGA